AUGAGUGGGGUUUACUUGUUCAACGCGUCUCAGUCGAGUUUGCUCAAUGAACAAGUUCAGACGCUAAAUUUAUCGGGCUUUUUUCAUUAUUCGAAGAAAUUUUAAUAAUAUUAUAAUGAGUGCAUUAUGAAUGGAUUGUGACAGCGAGGAUUCAAUACGAAAAAACCUAACACUGUAUAUGAUGAUUGAAAAAAGUUAAUAAGAAAUGUGAUUUGUGUCGAUAUUAAUCGUUAUUAGUUAUUUUCCUUAUUAAGUGAAUUAUUGAUGUAUCAAAAGUGACAUGUUGGAAACUUGAAAAAAAGAGUGAUUCAGGUUCAAUAGCGAUUUAAGAAAAAAAUUUAAACAAAAAUAAAGUGGCAAUGGCUAGCAAGUGCACUCCUGUCUACGGUAAAUAUUUAAAUAGCUAACUAGUUAGCUUAAUCAAAUAACCAAAUAAAUAAUAAUGAAAACGACUAUUUAUUGAAGAAAAUAAAAGUUUCAUGAAUACAUGACGAUUGGUAAAGUGUUUGUGUUUGCUGUAUUGCGAUUUUCGACGCACUCAUUUCAUCAAAGAGUGAUAAGACAAUCGAUCUAUUACCGAGGCAGUACGCGAUGACGGUCCAUCAUCAGAGCCACCACGUUGCUGCGUUGAGUGGUAUAACAGUGCAAUCAAGUAGCAGUGGUGGUGGUGGUGGCGGUGGUGAUAGUGGUGGUGACAGUAGUGGUGGCUUAAAUUUAAGUCGGAUAGCUAAUCUGGAAGCUCAUCAUCGUGGCAUAGAAAAUAUGGAGCGUUUAACAAAUAGUACGGAAUCACAUAACAUAAACAAUGAACGUCCACUAGAUGCCUUGAUGACAAUUCCACACAGAUCGCGUUUCAUGAUCACUGAUAUUCUUGCUGAUGCAUCAAGUCCAUCAAGUCUUCAGAGUCAUGAACCUCCCGGCAGUCCCCCUAUAGCACCCCGGGAUCUCAGUUUACGACACCAAUCUAACAAGACACUGAAUCUCAAACGAAAACGCGACGAUGAUAGUGAUGCGAGUCAUCAUGAUGCCACCUCAGUUUCAUCUAAUGGUGUUAAGGAAGAUGAUGCUAAAGAGUCAUCAUCAUCAACUAUGAGCUCACCACCAAGCAAAAAACAACGAAAGGCAAGGACGGCAUUUACGGAUCAUCAGCUACAAACACUUGAAAAGAGUUUUGAAAGACAAAAGUAUCUUAGUGUUCAAGACAGAAUGGAACUUGCAGCAAAACUUCAGUUGACAGAUACGCAGGUCAAAACAUGGUAUCAGAAUAGAAGAACGAAAUGGAAACGACAAACAAUCGUAAGUUUUGAAAUAUUGGCGGAGGCUGGAAAUUACGUUGCUUUUCAAAGCAUGUAUGGUAAUCGUGCUGGAGUACCAGCUCAACCAUCAUAUUGGUCGUAUCCAGGGACAGCAGCGCCACCACCUAGUGAAUUGUUUUACCGACAGGCAACUGCAGCCGUGACGCUCCAAAAACCAAUGCCACAUAGAUUUUAUCCUUCCACAAUGAUGCUGGCUGGACCCAGUGCACCACUUGGUAGUUUAGCAGCAAGUUCAAGUCUAUCGAGUCUUAGUAAUUAUUAUAAUCGUGAAAGUUCUGAUGUCCUGCAAGAUGUGAGAGAACGUGAACAUCUCGAACGAAAAACAAUACAGCGCGCAAGAAGUAAGAGUCUUGAACGAUCACCACCACCAACAGAAGAUAGCCCGCAAAGUAAUAGAAUUGACAGUGAUGAUGAGAGUAUACACGACAUCUAGGAUUUGAUUGAAUCGACUUAUGCCUUGGAUUGGGAUCAAGAUCAAUAUUACAACCGAGACUGACAAGUAAAGGAAGUCAGUAAAACGAUACCUAUUGCAACGAUACAUUGCAACGAUUUUGGUUAUUUUGACAUUUGAGAUUUGCGAGAAUAUCCUGGGGAUAUGGUUACCGACAAUGUUCGUGUAAAUUGCUGUAGUGGAUAAAUAAACAAACGUUAUUUGUUUUUCAACAUAUUUUUUUUUAUUAUUCUUGAACGAAAAAAAAAAAAAAGUGUGUAUAUCUGUGGAAAUUCCUAAUUAAAUAUAGGAAAUUUCUAUAUGUGAUUUGAUCGACUUAUAUUUACAAAAAAAAAUAUUGAAAAAAAAACGAAUAAUUAUAGUUAUAUAAGAAUCGAAAAAAAUAAAUAAGUUGGCUUAACUGUAUGCAAUUAAUUGGACAUUAGGCCAGAAAUAAACUGUACUUAUGACUUUCAACUCAGUUUUGUGAUGUGACAUAGAAAAGUUUAUCGUGACUAGUCGAGUGUAGUAACAAAUCGAUUCUCAAGCUUAUUGUUCUGUACUGACUUUGAAGGCAAUAUGUACUUUUUUUUAAUUCAAAAAAAUGAGUCAAGAUAUGUACUGUAUUAAGUUAUAAGAUUCAAAGUUAAACAUUGGAAAAAGUUGUUGUACAUAAUUUAAAUUUAAUAAUACAACUGUAGGUUAAAUACGCUUUAUUUCUAUAUUAUUUAAUUUUAGGAAAUCUUUAAACUUUAAAUUUAUUGUAAAUAACUUUAAAUCAAGUCGAAACUUUCAUUGUAAAUAAAAUUAGUUUAAAACAAGUGAGUAUCUUAUGAGAAAAAAAAAAAACAAAAACAAGUGGUUGAGAAAAUUUUUAAGUGAAAAAAGUGUGAAGCUACUAAGAAACUAAUAGAAUCAACAGAGUUUAUUUUUCAGAAUCAUUAUUUCUAUUAAUAUUUUUUUUUUCCUGAGAGUUCAUUUGCGACUGAUUAAAGCCACAAUGGUAAAAGUUCCAUUAUUCCGAAGUACUUAAGUAAAAAAAGUUACCAGUAUUAUGAAUGUAUAAAUUUUAAAACUAUCAAUGGCAGGUGAUAACCACUGUUGUAAACAUAAUAAGCUGCAAUGUUGGAAACGAUAUUGUCAAAACCCUCAGAAUAAUAAAUAAAAAAACAAUUAAUUAAGUGACAAAAAAAAAAAAAAAAAUGUAAUUUUUUUGCCGUGGAAUAAUGUCUUAAGGUUGUAUCUCAGGAUAUGUCAGUGUACUUAUAUUAGGCAGUCACGUCAUGUGGUUAUAAAAAUAAUUGAGUCUUCUGUGCAUACACAUUUUUCAAUUUUAUCUACAUUUGGCUAAGAAUAAUUAUUAUUUCAUCGUAUGUAUUUUAUUAUUAACUUGUAAACUAAGCCCACGAUAUUUGGAAAAUUAAUCCUGACUAUUCUUAUAUAAAACCAACUACUUAUCGGAAUUUUACAAAAAUAUUUUGUCAUUUAUAUGAUUAACAUACAAUUGUAAAUAUAUUUACGCCAAUAAAAACUUGUUUAAAAACGUUCAAAAUUUGAUUCCAAUUGCAAUCUUUGGUACUGGAAAAUAAAAACACUAUAAAUUUCGACAAAAACAAAAAAGAACACGAUACAUACAUGACUAACAUAUCAAAAUAACAAAAA